UGAGGGCAGGCAGGCGGCGGGUCGGGAGCUGGCGCAGCUGCGGUGGCGGCAGCAGCUCGAGUGGCGGCGGCUGCGGCUGUGGUUCCUGCAACGUCUCCGAGCUCGGGGCUUUGGCAGCGGAGCCGGCGGGCUGGGCUGCGCGGUGCGAACCCCGGCGCGCGGUCCGGGCUGCUGGGGUGGCGCGUCUCCCGGAAGAUGCCUGUGAUGGAGAAGCUGGUGAGAAGCGCCCCUGAGCUGGAGGCUUUGGCAGGGAGCUCAGACCAGAGCCGAGUCCACAUCCUGGCCUUUGCAUCCUGAGGUCUGCGGAGAGGCGACCAUGGCAGUGAGCGUAGAUGACGACGUUCCCCUCAUCCUGACCUUGGAUGAGGCUGGCAAUGCCCCACUGACUCCAUCCAGCAGCCUUGGCCCGGAGGAGGCACCCAGCAGAAAUGGCAUCCACGAGUCCUGGGCCCCCAGUCUGAGCUCAGGGGGCGAGAGCUCCCCACCGAGCCCCUCUGGACACAACUGGGAGAUGAACUAUCAAGAAGCUGCCAUCUACCUCCAGGAAGGUGAGAAUAACGACAAGUUCGUCACGCACCCCAAGAACGCCCAAGCAUUGGCGGCCUACCUCUUUGCACACAACCACCUUUUCUACCUGAUGGAGCUGGGCACGGCACUGCUCCUGCUGCUGUUGUCCCUGUGCGAGGCCCCAGCCGUGCCUGCUCUGCGCCUGGGCAUCUAUGUGCAUGCCACACUGGAGCUGCUGGCGUUGACGGUGGUUGUGUUCGAGCUCUGUAUGAAGCUACGGUGGCUGGGCCUGCAUACCUUUGUCCGUCACAAACGCACCAUGGUCAAGACCUGCGUGCUGCUGGUGCAGUUCGUCGAGGCCAUCGUGGUGCUGGUGCGCCAGACGUCCCACAUGCGGGUGACCCGGGCCCUGCGCUGCAUCUUCCUAGUGGACUGUCGCUACUGCGGUGGCGUCCGGCGCAACCUGCGGCAGAUCUUCCAGUCCCUGCCGCCCUUCAUGGACAUCCUCCUGCUGUUGCUCUUCUUCAUGAUCAUCUUCGCCAUCCUCGGUUUCUACUUGUUCUCCCAUAACCAUUCAGACCCUUACUUCAGUACCCUGGAGAACAGCCUUGUCAACCUGUUUGUGCUCCUGACCACAGCCAACUUCCCGGAUGUGAUGAUGCCCUCCUAUGCCCGCAACCCCUGGUCCUGCAUCUUCUUCAUCGUGUACCUCUCCAUUGAGCUCUACUUCAUCAUGAACCUGCUCCUGGCUGUGGUGUUCGACACUUUCAACGAUGUGGAAAAGCACAAAUUCAAGUCCCUGUUGCUGCACAAGCGGACGGCCAUCCAGCACGCCCACCGCCUGCUCGUCAGCCAGCGGAGGCCUGCGGGUAUCUCCUACCGGCACUUCGAAGGCCUGAUGCGCUUCUACAAGCCACGGAUGAGCGCCGGGGAGCGGUUUCUCACCUUCAAGGCCCUGAAUCAGAGCAACUCACCUGUCCUCAGCCUGAAGGACUUUUAUGACAUCUAUGAAGUUGCUGCCUUCAAAUGGAAGGCAAAGAAAAACCGAGAGCACUGGUUUGAUGAGCUUCCCCGGACGGCCUUCCUCAUCUUCAAAGGAAUCAACAUCCUCGGGAAGUCCAAGGCUUUCCAGUACUUCAUGUAUCUGGUGGUGGCAGUGAAUGGAGUGUGGAUCCUCGUGGAGACGUUCAUGCUGAAAGAAAGGAACCUCUUCUCCGAACACGUGCCCUGGAGCUACCUUGUCUUCCUCACCAUCUACGGGGUGGAGCUGUUCUUGAAGGUGGCCGGCCUGGGCCCCGUGGAGUACCUGUCCUCGGGCUGGAAUCUGUUUGACUUCUCUGUCACGGCCUUCGCCUUCCUGGGGCUGCUGGCUGUGGCCUUCAACAUGGAGCCGUUCUACUUCAUUGUGGUCCUACGACCCCUGCAGCUGCUGAGGCUGUUUAAACUGAAGAAGCGCUACCGCAACGUGCUGGACACCAUGUUCGAGCUGCUGCCCCGGAUGGCCAGCCUGGGCCUCACUCUGCUCACCUUUUACUAUUCUUUCGCCAUCGUGGGCAUGGAGUUCUUCUGCGGGAUCCUCUACCCCAACUGCUGCAACGGGAGCAACGUGGCAGACGCGUACCGUUGGCUCAACCGCACGGUGGGCAACAAGACGGUGGUGGAGGAAGGUUACUACUAUCUCAACAACUUUGACAACAUCCUCAACAGCUUCGUGACCUUGUUCGAGCUGACUGUGGUCAACAACUGGUACAUCAUCAUGGAAGGCGUCACCUCUCAGACGUCCCACUGGAGUCGCCUCUACUUCAUGACCUUCUACAUCGUGACCAUGGUGGUGAUGACCAUCAUCGUUGCCUUCAUCCUUGAGGCCUUCGUCUUCCGCAUGAACUACAGCCGCAAGAACCAGGAUUCCGAAGUGGACGGCGGCAUCACGCUGGAGCAGGAGCUGUCCCGGGAGGAGCUGCUGGCGGUGCUGGAGCUCUGCCGCCAGGUGCGGGGAGGGCAGGCCGACGCAGCUCGGCUGCUCCGGACACUCUCGCAGAUGGAGAGAUACGAGCAAAGCGCCGUGGUGUUCCUGGGCCGCCGCUCCCGGACCAAGAGCGACCUGAGCCUCAAGAUGUACCAGGAGGAAAUCCAGGAGUGGUACGAGGAACAUGCCCGCCAGCAAGAGCAGCAGCGGCAGCUCAGCGGUGUCCCCAGCCCCCAGGAGCCCCCCACCAGCCGCCAGCGCUCGCAGACCAUCACCUAAGCUGGGGGAGCCCCUUCUGUGUGGCCACACGAGAGCACUGUCACCCCAGGGGCCGGCAGGGGUUCAGGCAAGCAGCUCUGAGCCCAGAAAGCACCAAAGGCCUUGUGGGCAGAUGAUGUCCCUGUCUUGCUUUAGGGACAAAACCACUUAGGGAAGCAAGCCACACCCCCCCCCCCCAGGUGUGUCUCCAUGCCACACAGCAUCAUGGGAUAUCCCUUCAGGGACACCAGUGCCUGGGACCUGGCAGGAGAGGCCCCGGGUGCCAGCCCCUCGCCAGGCCGAAGGGAGCUCACACCCAGCCCGGGCCCUUCCCCUGCCACCCCCCUUCCCAGCAGAAAGCUAGGCCAAGAGGCCUGAUCCUCCUGGAUCGUGUCCCCCAGAUAUGCGGGGGACAGGAGUGAGGCCCCGCCCAUCCACAGAGCUGCCUUCCUGACCAGUGUGCAGGGUGUGCAAGGCCGGGCCUUCAGGGCUGCAGUUCUGGCCAGGCGGUGUCCCCAUCACCCCUCAUGGGGACAGUGGUGGGUCCCCUCUUCAGGUCCAGGCCUCUGGGAAACUGAAUGCUGGAACCACUAAGGCCCCCAGGGCCAGGAGCCUGCCACCAGUGGCCACCCUGGGGGGUUCGGUCCAAGGCCCCAGGCCGCACACCCAGCCCCCAGAGGGAAAUCCAUUUCACAAGCCUUUUAGUCUUUGCGUAGUGUGAUAGUGUGAAGGACACUGUGGAAGCAGGAGCCAUGGGGCUGUUUCUGGGGGGCGGUUGCAGCCCCCUCACUUGUGGGUGGGGGGUGUCUUCAAACUAGGAGGGACAUCAGGGCCCAGAUGCCAGCCCAGGAGGAGUCCGCACCCCUGCCUCUCACCAUGUGAGGGCCAGACUAAGGUGGUAGCUCUGAGAAAGGGUGUUCAGCUGGGACCAGUGGGCCCCCAGGGGUAUGGCCACAUGGUACCCUGGUAGCCCAGGACAGUUGUCCCUGGCACCCACACACAGACCCAGAAAGCAGGUGUCACCCUUGGCUGAGGGGCCUGUCCCCUCAGCUCCUGUGUCAGCUGAUGGGAACCGGAGUGAGGUUCAUCUCUUGCCUGGAGUCGGGGGGAUCCCCGGGUGGCCAGGAAGGCACCAUGCCCUGCUCCGAUUUAGGGGUGCCACCUAGCCCCUCCUCCUCACUCCCCUGUCCCCAGCCUUACUCCACAUCACGUGACAAUCAUUUUUUUAUGGAGAGUGGGGGCUCGUGGUAAGGUUUUGUACACCGGUGAUUUGUUACCCAAAGAACCCGCCUGUCCCCCCAGUUUCUGGCAGACGAAUUAAAGAGCCUCCGCUUUGUAAA